GGGAGGGGGAGACGCAUUAAAGGUCGUUUCUCUCCCACGUAACUAGCGGAUUUUUAUUUUCCUCUCACCGACAUCAGGUCUGCACAGAAUAUGAAUGAUGGCCAAGCUGUAGGAAUUUGAAGCCACUGAAAGAUGAAUUGAAGUUGCAAUUGGGAAGAUACAAGUGAUGGAGUUAAAAUGAGUGUAAAAGAAGGACAUGGCGAUUAAAAGUAGCAGCUGUGGUAAACAUGGUCACCAUAUUCUACUUGGAGCAGUAAAUACAAUGUAGACCAAAGUCGAAGGAAAUAUAUCAAGAAACAGCAAGGAAAAGUAAUAAUUCAGGAUGAAUGAAGAGGAGAGCUAACAUUUUAAUCAGGCACAAUAAUGUUUAUAAUAUUGGGCCUAUUAUGUUUUCAUCAAUUUCUGAACACUGUUAUUGCUGUACUGCUUCCACCUCACAAUCUAUCAUAUACAUCAGAAAACUUUCAUCCUGUCUUAAUGUGGGAAUCGGGGGCGGACAUGCCAUUCCCUACACGCUAUACAGUGGAAUACAUUGCUGUAAGCAAAAUUGGUGCAGAAAACGAAUCACCGACCAUGAACCAAACAGAUGAUCCAAGUGAUUUGUGGCUUGUUGCAGAAAACUGUUCAUUGAUCUUGAAUCAAACAUGUGAUCUAACCAAUCUCUUCACUGAUGUAUACGAUGCUUAUUUUACCCGAGUUAAAGCAGUCACAGAAAUGGAAGAAUCUGAUUGGUCUUAUUCAAUGGAAUUCCAACCCUUUCGAGACACAAAAAUAAGACCAGUUAAUAUUCAAAUCUUUGAAAACCCUCUUGGAGUCCUCAAAAUUAAUUUUGAUACUCCUGCAACUCCUGCCUGUAUUUAUAAUUUAGGAUUAAUAUCUGUCCUAGAUCUACAUGCAACAUUGCAGUAUCACAUUUCAGUGCUUAAAAAUGGAAAGUUGGAAAAGAAUAGAGAAGUAUUUGGUAGUACAAGGGACAUUUCUGUUAAAGAACAGAUUGACCAUUUACAACCUAACACACGAUACUGUGUCUCAAUAAAAGUGUUUUCUUCUGAAGAAGAUCACUCUGACCCCGUGGAAACAAAAUGUGUACUCUCUCAGCAUGUGAAGAAAAGCAAAGUACCUCAGAUUCUGAUAGCACUUAUAACCAUCUUGGUGUUUGGCUUGGCCAUUAUCAGCAUUGUACUAUACAGAGGAGGUUUUCUUGGUUUGUUGAAUAAAUAUGGUCCACAAGCUCUGAAUAAUUUGAAGCACCUCCAUCCUGUUUGCACUUGUGAUAAUGUGCAAGAAAAGCUCAGUACUUUGGAACAAGGAUGUUUUAAUGUGAAGAAAAUUGAAAACAUUGAAGAUGACAGUGAAGACGAGCUAGUGAAUUACAGUGGGGAAGCUGGCUAUGAAAGCAAUGCACUGAAUAUGCCUUUGCACUGUACUCAGCAUUCCAGUGCGUCUUCUAAACUAGAAACCGAUGACUCUGACACUAAAUUAUGUGAUGAUCAAUGGUGUGAUUCAGUACCUGAACAUAUUCUCUCUCAUUUCGAUGAGUGUCAAAUGACUACACCAGCUACAAUGCAAACUGAAUGCCCACAUGCUGAGUCUAUGAUGCAAGCAACGCACAGCAGAAGGAACAGUUCAACCUCUGCAACCAAUAACAUUUCUGACGUCCCAUUGUGGUCUAUCCAUAUUCAAGACCUAGACUGCUUUGAAGAUUGCUCCAAAGAAAGUUUGUGUGAUCCGAAGCCAGAUGAAUUUGAUAUUAUGCAACAGGAUUCAAAUGACUUGCUGCCUAAGGUUUCUGAAAAUACUGUAGUUUAUGAAUAUGAAAAACCCAGUGUCUCUUUUUAUACCAAAUAGUUCAUCACUUCCCUGGGCUUUGCAUGCUGAUAUGCAACGUUGAUGUAAACUUUUGCGUGAGAUGUGAUUAAUUUUGCAAAACUGUUUAGAAUAUCCUGAGCUUGGAAUGACUAACAUUGCUGCUUAGCAUUUUCGAUGUCUUCACCCGAAAAGGUUCGGCUGAUGGAACUUCCCUUUUGGAUCUUAAUGUAACUGCCUGGAGCACAAUAAGCUGCUGUAAGGAUUUGUAAUAUAUAAUUAAGCUUUGCGAAACAAACAAUUAUUGAGUUUGUUUCAGCAACCCCAUUGAAUAUUUGAUUACUAUUUCAGUUUCAGCUUGCUGCUAGCAUAUUUUAUCCUGCUGUCUGAUUUCAGUUAAUCUGCUAAAACUUGGUCAGAGAGAAAAGGUUAUAAGUAACUUGUUAGACAUGGAAAGAAAUUCUUCAGGUAAGUAAUGCUGCAAAGUACUGAAAAGUAUUGAUGAGAUGGAUACAAGAGAAGACCAUUUCUUAUGAUUAACAGUACUAGCUGGCGUAAUGAGUGCGAUGGAGCUGGCUGCCACAAAUUGGUAUACCCUUCACCAAUUGUCAUCCUGAAAUAUGAAAAACAAACCUUGGUGAAGGUGAGGAAAGGAAAUGAGUGUUCCCUAAAAUGAGAAUAAUCAAGUGAUACAAAGUGACACUUGCAAUGCAUGAAAAUGCAAUUGUAAUUGAGCUGAAUGGUCUUUCGCACCCCUAUCUUGCUCUAUUUUGUCUUUAUUUGUGGUAAUCCAUAAUAUUUUUAAAUUGCAUUUUUGGUCAUUUUGAAAAGUUUUCACUUUGACUUGUUUCUCCCAAAAUACAAAGAUGCAUGAUCCUUUUUCAGAAAGUUGGUUUUAAAAAUCACGAAUUUCUUCACACUGGUACCGGCUAUUCCAUCUUGGAAUAUUACUGGCUAAGCAUAGUUUAUCUUCAUCUCCAAGCAUGUUUCUAAGCUUGCGACAUGGUGGCACAGUGGUUAGCACUGCUGCCUCACAGUGCCAGAGACCCGAGUUCAAUUCCCACCUCAGGUGACUGACUGACUGACUGUGUGGAGUUUGCACGUUCUCCCUGUGUCUGCGUGGGUUUCCUCCAAGUGCUCUGGUUUCCUCCCACAGUCCAAAGAUGUACAGGUUAGGUGAAUUGGCUGUGCUAAAUUGUCCGUAGUGUUAAGGGUAAAUGUAGGGGUAUGGGUGGGUGGCGGGUCAGUGUGGACUUGUUGGGCCGAAGGGUCUGUUUCCACACUAAGUAAUCUAAUCACAAAAUCUGGCAAUAUCCAUAGUGGGCUAAGGAAAAGUCAGUGAGCUUUUGCUGUCUGUUCAUUUGUUUCCUGCUGAAAAUGUAGCUACAUUCUAAUUACCUCAAGUAAUGGCUCCUUUAUUAUAAAUAACCAAGUCUUCACUGUUUACUGCAGUUGGUAGAUGGAUGUGGUGUGGCUUAAAGAUUGAAUCUUUGUAUGUGGUUAUAUCAAAGUUUAUUGUACUUUUUAUGUGCUCUUAUUUUUAGAGAACAGCUUAUGUAAAGUCUUAUGCAAUUUUACUUUUUAGAAUUUGUAAACUGCUUUCAAUUGAAUUUGAAUUCCAUUGAAUAUGCAGGGGCACAAAAUACCUCCAAGGUGGACCCCUUCCCUGCCUCAGGGCCACUAUUGUGUUCAAAUCAUUCUCAGCAUGAGGAAAAUCUUCAAAUCCAGUUAACCUGACAUUGGUCACUUGAAAAGUGCUGGAAUCUAUUCAGGAAGCCUUAAUGCACAUUAGAAAUCAUAAUAUGAUAAAAGUGUGGUUUUUAUGCAAGGUAGAUCACAUUUGACAAAUUUCUUACAUUUCCAAGAUUGUGACUAGGGACCUCUUGGCUUUCCAAAAGGCCUUCAAUAAGGUGCCACACAAAGGCUUAAUUGGAAGAUGAGGGCUUAUUGAGUUAGGAGCAAUGGUUAACACAGAUGAAAGGGUAGGACAAGGUAACAACUGGGGAGAAAAGGGACUACUUCAGGCUGGUAGGCUGUGGUUCAAGUGCUGGAAGAAUCCAUGCUGAAGCCUUAGCAGAAAGGUGUAAAUAGACCAAGAAAUUUGGAUGGGACUGUAAAGCUGUGAGGAGGUCGGUAAGUCUACAAAUAGUCUGUUUAAUUGAGUGGUUAGCAAGAUAUAUAAUGUGGAUAAGCAUGAAGUCAUUCACAUUGCUCCUAAGAAUAGAAUUAAACAGUACGUUUCAGAAGGGGAGACAAUUUUAACGCUGAUGUUAAGGUCUUGGGUGUACUCGUGCAAAGUAGGCAGAUAGGAAAGCAAAUGAUAUGAUGUUUGGCCUUUUUUUAAACAAUGGAUUUGGAGUGCAAGAGUAGUGAAAUUGUGCUAUACUUGUAUUUUAGUGAGAUUACUCCUGGAGAAUUGUAGGAAUCGAACUCCAGAUCGAAGGAUAGGUAUGCUUGCAAAAGAAGCAAAAGGUGAAAGUUCACUAGAUCCAGUUCUGGGAUGAUAGGAUUAUUCUGAAAUGUAAAUUGGCUUGUGCACAUUGGCGUUUAGGAAAAAUAAAAGAUGAGCCUUUGAAACAGGAAUCAUUCUGAAGGAGUUUGACAGUAGUCAGAGUGGUUGUUUCCCCAGUCUGGGAAAUUAGCAGUAGGGCAUACUCGUUAGAGUUAAAUCACUUAGGACCAAGAAAGAGGAGACAUUUCUUCAACUGGUGAAUAUUUGGACUUGUCUGUCCCAGAAAGUUAUGGAUGUUCCACAGUUAAGCAUACUAGAGAUUUUCUUUUUCUGCUCUUUCAAGGGGAAAAAAGUAUAUAAAGGAAAUAGUUCUUUGAUAGAACAUCAUCUAUGGUUUUUGAAUGGUGGAGGUACAAGAGGCUGCAUUGGCUACUCUUAUUCCUUAUGCCCUGAGGGGAAGUAGUUCAGAAAUGAGCAUUCAGGUGGUAUUUGCCUUUGUGUGCUGUACAUUGGCAGGCUGAGGUGGAGAUUUAGAAGUGAUUGUCUUCACUGCCUCCCAAAAUUGUCAUGUAUCUUCCCUCCCCUUCAAGAUCAAUUAAUAAGUCAAUAGCUGGACCGAGAGCAGGGUGAAAGUUUUUUUUUAAGCCAUACAUCAAGUCAAACUGCCUGCAAUCUCUUGUCACAAUACAAAUAGUUUCAUUUUUGUCACUGAAAUUUGGACUGAAACCGAUGCCGCCUCAUUCAGUUCUACAGCUAUAAAAUGAAAAAUGAAUAAGCAUCUUGCUAAGAAGCUAGCUGAAGCAUAUUGGAUUGUCCAUGCUGUACAAGACAUGUAGAGCUUUUGACAAAUUUGGGCUGUUAUCCCAAUAAGAUAAAAACUUCUGGCACUGUUUUAUAUUAUAAGAAUGCAGAUGACAUGGCACUAGGUGCUAUCAGGACAUGCAGGGUAUUCUGUGGAAAUUGUAAUCUUUAAUCCCAUUGCAAAUUUUGAUUUGCAGUUUUUAUGGGAAUAAUUAUAAUUAUGUGAGAAACAUGAAAGUGCUCAAACUGAAAAUGGCAAAAUAAAUGACAUACUUAAGCUCUCUAUACUGAUUGAAAAAUGCAAUGACAUUACCAUCAUGCAGUCCUUUGAGCCUCCUUCACCAUUCAAUAAGAUCAAGUCUGAUUUCAAUUUAAUCUCUAUUCUACGUUUCUGUGCAUUCCUGAUCAUCAUUCAUUCCCAUGAUAAUCUUGAACCUAUUUCCCUCUUUAAAAAAUUAAAGAUUCUACAAUACUGCCUUGUGAAGAUUGUCAACUCUGGAGGGGGGAAAAAAGAAAUCCUUAUCUUUGCUUUAAAAAUAAGGAUUACCCAUUUAAGCAAUGAUCCAUUUGUUCUCGAUUCUUUCACAAAACGAAACAUCCUUUCAACAGUAGUCCAGUCCCCUCAGGAUGUUGCAUGAUUCAGUUAAGUUACCUGACUCUUCUAAACACUAGAGGGUAAAGGCCUAACCUAUGUAGCCUUUCCUCCAUAAGGUAAUGCAUUCCUGGUAUUUGUCUACUACAGUGGCCAGUAUGGUACACAGUACUCCAAAUGCAGUCUUGCCAAUGUCCUAUAUAAUUAAAACAUCACUACCUCCCUAUUCAUAAGUUCAAUUUCCCCCUGCAAUGAACAAUAAAUUUCUAUUAGGGCAUUUAGAUCUCUCUGCAACCUUUUAACACAGAUGAUGUGCUUUUUUGAUGCACCAAAUUAUAAAUUUCUCACUUUCCCAGUUGGUACUGCACUUUCUAGAUCUUUACUAAUUCACUUAAUCCAUCUAUAUACCUUUUUUUAAAAGGCCCCAUUGUCAUCUCAACUCACUUUCCAAUCUAUCUUUGUGUCAUCAGCAAAUUUAGCUACCAUAUUUUCAAUGUCUUCCUUCAUCUAAAUUCUUUAUAUAAAUUAUAGAGUUGACGCUCCAGCAGUGAUCCUUGUGGUGCACCUUAUGACACCUUGCAAACAUGUAAAAAAAAAGCCAUAUUCCUUGGAUUGUAAAUUUGCUUGCUGAGCUGGUAAACUUGAUCUCUCAUUUUGUCACCAUGCUAGGUAACAUCAGUGGGCCUCCAGUGAAGUGUUGGUGUUCUGUCCUGUUUGCUAUUUGCCUCAUUGUGUGGUAGGUGAUUCUGAUUCUGUUUUGAGGUUGGGAAAUGGCUCCAAAUCAAUUGUUUGUUAAGAGUUCUGGUUUGAAUGCCAGGCCUCCAGGAAUUCCCAUGCAUGUCUUUGUCUUUGUUUAGCCUGUCCCACUUGAUCUGGUGUCAUCCUCCUUUGUCUGUAUGUGUGGAUACUAGUGAUGGUUGGUCAUGUUUUUUGGUGGCUAGUUGGUGCUCAUGUAUUCUGGUGGCUAGUUUCCUGCCUAUUUGUCCUAUGAAGAUGUGGGUGUACUUUAUCUUUAAGAAAGUUUAAAAGCUAGCAGAACCACCUGACAGCACCAAGUGUUCUCUUAACAAGUUAUAGUGUAGCAUGUGAUCCAGCAGUUAGUAUAGCUGGUUGCUUAGAGACAAAACCAAAUUCAAAUUUUGGCCAAUCGGUUUAAAUUAUACCCCAAAAUAUCAACUGCCAAUCAAGGUAGAAUUUAAUAUAUUGACUCAUUAAAAAAACUAAUGAACAAUCCAAUGCUUUGGGGUAUAAGACCAAAGAAAAUUGAACAUUUGGAAGAGAACUGCCACUAGAUCAAUGGAUGUAGACUGCUAGUCAGAACUGAGGUACCUUUACUAGAGAAGGAGUUUGUACAGAGAGACUCAGCACCAACCUGGCGAGCAAAUCUGUAAAGAGCAGAUUCGACAGUUGGCUGGUUUUGAAAUUUGAAUUUUUUGAUAAAUUUUAAUCAGCUUUAUUGGGCAAGUAUUAUAGAAGAGAAGGUAAAAGGUUAGAGGAAGGAGUUGUAAAUAGUUGUUGCUUAAUUAUUCUGUUAUACUUUAAGAAAGUUGUUUUUACUUUGCCUCUUGAAUUUUCAGAUUACUGUACAGGAUAAAUCUUGUGUUGCUGGUUUAAAUUGAGCAGGAGGGUUUACCUCAUGUCAUAACAGUCCAAUGUAAUGUUUGUUGCAGUCCUCAAGAUAUUUUGUAUAUGACAUUUGUUCUGCUGAUUGUUGGUACGGGGUCCUUUAAAUUCAUCAGGAGCUGUUUGUGUGGUGGUAGAUGUGUGGGCUACCAUGUUGCCAAGGGGCCCAAGUAGUUUGGUCGUCACCUCUGAGAUGUCAUUGAUGUACGGCAGGGUGGCUAGAGUCUCUGGGUGUGUCGUGUUGACUUGUGCAGGAAUCGGUGGACUACGCUUUAUUGGGUACCUGUCGUUCCACAAAACGCCGAGUCUCAGGCGCUGUGAGGCAGCAGUGCUAACCACUGUGCUACGUGUGUCUUGGUUGUUGUGGUGGGUGAUAUAAAUUCUGGUUCUGUUUCUGAAAAAUUGGUAAAGGGGGUCCAAUCUAUGGGCUUGUUAGAGAAGCAGUUAUGCUUCGGUUAGAUGAACCGUGGGCGGCACGGUGACACAGUGGUUAGCACUACUGCCUCACAGCGUCAGAGACCUGGGUUCAAUUCCCGCCUCAGGCAAUUGACUGUGUGGAGUUUGCACGUUCUCCCCGUGUCUGCGUGGGUUUCCUCCGGGUGCUCCGGUUUCCUCCCACAGUCCAAAGAUGUGCAGGUCAGGUGAAUUGGCCAUGCUAAAUUGCCCGUAGUGUUAGGUAAGGGGUAAAGGUAGGAGUAUGGGUGGGUUUCGCUUCAGCGGGUCGGUGUGGACUUGUUGGGCCGAAGGGCCUGUUUCCACACUGUAAGUCUAAUCUAAUCUAAUCUAGAACACUAGUGCUUCACCCAAGGCUCACUAUGAUGUAACCAAGCAUGGUGACAAUGUCUGAGAACAAAUCUACCAGUUCAGUGAACAAAUUUUACAAUGUGAUCCACAACCUGAGCUACAAAUCUUUUCCCAAAUCUCAGACCCAUGUUUCUAUUCUGCUUGUUAGCAAGUCAAUCUUCUGUCCAUGCCAAUGUCAUCCAUACACUUUAUAUUAAGAAAAGGUUCUGCAGCAGGUAAAAGGUGUGAAUGGAUGACCUUUCCCAUUCCUCCACUGAUCACAUCAAUGUUUCAAUUUAAACAGGGAUUUGUGUUUCUGGAAUUGUUUACUGUGAUGCAUGUCAGCCAUGCACCUUAAGUAACAAAUAAUGAACUUGUUAUUGCAAUUUAUUCCAAAGAUGUAAAAAUUAUCAAGAGUUAAAUGGUGCAAGUAUAUUGUUCCUCUUAAUGCAUACAAUUUUCCAACCUACGAAGAAAUAUAAAACUGCAAAAUACUUUGUCAAAUGUACUUUUCCCAAAUAAACUUUAAACUUUUAAAUUCAGAGAAGAGUUACACUCUGAUUGAAAUGCUGGUCUGCUGAAGUGCCUUUCCACACCAGUUGUUGGCACUGGGAUUUCCUCCUGCUUCAGUAGUGGCUAUCUGAAUUGGCUUUUUCCAGAGACACUGGCAAGUUCUAUUUUAAGGAGAACCCUUCUCUUGUGUUGAGAUCUCAGUGAGUUCUCAACUCAAACUUUGAGCUUUCAGAGAAAAGCAAAAGAAGACAAUGCUGCUGUGUCGGUGUUGAGAAUUCUCCUCACAGCUCAUCCUCUGACCCAGCUUUGCCAUCUGCAAACUUGGAGAUAUCAUACUUAGUUCCAUCAUGUAAAUUGAUAUGUUGUGAAUAGCUGGGGUGCAAGAACUGAUUCCUGCAGUACCCCACUAGUCACUGCUUACCACUCAGAAAAAGGCACCUUUUAUUCCUACUCAUUGUUAUCUGUCUGGUAACCUGAUCUAAGCAUGUCAGUACUCUACUCCCAAUCCCAUGCAUUUUAAUUUUAUAUGCUAUUCUCUUAUCUGAGCCCUCAUUGGAAGCCUUCAGAAAGUCCAAGUAAGCUACAUCCAUCCUCCUACCAAUUCUCCAAGUUCCAUUCUCUCCAAAUUCCAGUAGAUUGGUCAUGUGAUUUUUUUUUUCCCCCUUCUGUAAAUCCAUGCUGACUGACUAAUUCUAUCACUGUUUUCCAAGUGCUCUGUUAUUAAACCUUUUUGUAAUGGAUUUUAGCAUUUUCCACACUACUAAUAUCAGGCUAAUGGGCCUAUAACUCCAUGUUUAUUUUGUCUACCCCUUUAUAGUGGAGUUACAUUUGCUACUUUCCAAUCCGUAAGAACUGUUCCAGAGUCUAUAGGAUCUUGAAAGAUGGCCAACAAUGCGUUAGGGCCACUUCCUUGAUCACUUUGAAAUGUAGAUUAUCAAGGCCUGGGAAUUAUCGGUCAUUAAUCCCAUCAAUUUCCCCAACACCUUUUUCUCUACUAAUGCUGGUUUAAUUCAGUUGCUCCCUCUCACUAGACCCUGUGUUCCCCAACACUUUGAAGUUAUUUGGGCCUUCCUUCAUGAAGAAUUAUUUGCACUAUUAUUUGUGCAAUUUCUUAUACAGGCAUUGAAAAGUAUAGAAAAAUAAAAAUCAGAGUUGAUGCUGCUCAGAGGGUGAUCAUUUGGCUCCUAACACGAUGUCUAUGCCAGCUCUCCACAGGAGCACUUUACUUCAUGCCAUUCCCUGCAUCCAUCUGCAAACAGAAAAGCAGGGUUAAUGUGACUUCAGAACUGGGGUUUCAGGGCAAGAGAUCAGAAAAAGUGACAUUGUGGAUUCGAAGCAUUAACUCUGUUUCUCUCCCCACAACUGCUACCAGACCUGCUGGAUUUCUGUUUCAGAUUUCCAAUAUUUUAUUUCAUUCCAGACCCUAACAACUCUGAAAGCAUUUUUGUGUAGAUGUACAGAGGAAACUAGAAGUCAAGAAUUUUAAAAUUAGAAUGGGAGAUUGUUUAUCAUAUCAGAUCAUCAUGUACAGUGAGCUAGAUUUUUCAAUUUCAUAGCUCUUCAUGAUUUGUGAAUAUCACU